CGCCAUUACAAUUCCCGCGUUUUGUUAGUAACAAAACAUCUUCUAAACGUGAAAAGUAUUCAGACAUUCAUGCGUGAUUAUUUAUACGUAGUCAAAUUAUGGCGAAGGUUAACGUGUUGAAUGUAAACGUAUUGGACAAUCCGUCACCAUUUGUAAAUCCUUUUCAAUUCGAAAUAACUUUCGAAUGCAUUGAAGAUUUGCCAGAAGAUUUAGAAUGGAAAUUGAUAUAUGUUGGUUCUGCAGAGACUGAGGAACAUGACCAAGUUUUAGAGACAGUGUUUGUUGGUCCAGUCCCAGGUGGCAGGCAUAUGUUUGUCUUUCAGGCUGACCCCCCAGAUAUAAAGAAGAUACCAGAAGCUGAUGUUGUUGGUGUAACUAUUAUAUUAUUAACAUGCUGUUAUAGAUCUAAAGAAUUUAUACGAGUGGGUUAUUAUGUAAACAAUGAAUAUGAAGACCCAGAAUUAAAAGAAAAUCCUCCUGCUUCAGUUAUUUACGAAAAAUUGCAAAGAAAUAUUUUAAAUAGACCAAGGGUAACAAAAUUUAAAAUAGAUUGGGAUGAUAAUGCAGUCACAAAUGCUACUGAAAAUGGGGAAAAUGUACCUCCUGUUCGGAAUUUAGAAAACAUGGACACUGCCUCAAACCAAAUGGCAUGUGAUUCUGCUUGUGGUGCUGUUAUGGGAUCUUCUAGUUACCAAGAGAAUAGUAACAGUGUGAGCAUGGAUACAUCAGUUAAAGCUAUGUAAUAUAGUUAGUGGUAUUUAUAACAGAGUGUGGUUAUUAAAUGUGAUAUGACAUUUACAUAAAAUAAUACAUAAUUCCCAAAAUGGCUUCUACUGUAAAGUCAAAUGAGUGCUGAUAAUGACUUUGUUUGGUACAAAAAUUAUUGAAACUGAGUUAAAUCAUGGCAGCUAUGUGUGAAUACUUUUUUAUUAUUUUGCCAGAAUAUUAUGACCAUCAUUAACCACAGGUGAAUAUGUGGCUCAAUCAUAUAACAAGCCUUGUUUCAAUUAUCAUGAAUAAUAUAACAAAACAUUUAUCAGAUGGAGUAGUUUCCCGAGAACAUAUUAUUUUCAACUUCGAGAAUCAAUUGGAAGUUAAAAGAAUACAUCCCAGAUGGUUGCUUUAUAUAAAAUUAUUCUGACAAUUUCCACACCUUUGAAGGGUUUGAAAAAUGAACGUUACUGUCACACAUAUUUCUAGAAAAACAUCUCUGGGAAAUUUUCUUUAACAUAUAAUUUAUCCGAACCAUAAAAACAACUGGUUAUAACAUUUCUAUGCAUCAUAAUCAUUUGUAUAUUGUUGAUAUUUUGUAUAUAUUUUGUGUAAAAAAUCAAAGUCAAAUUGUUGUUACUGAUUCCUGUGGUACGCAUAUGUGGUGCUGUUCCUUAAUUUUCCAAAGAAGAUGCACAAAAUCUCAAUUUCUCUUUAUGAGGACAAAUAUUAUUGUCACCCAUGACUUUUUGUUCAAAUUUCCCCUAUCAUAGGUGCCAAAGAAAUGUCCUACUUGACACAAAAAUAACCUUUUAAGAAUGGUACUGUAGUAAAAAACUUGUUAGAUUACGUUGAUAAAAAACGAAAGAAAAUCUGAAAAAUGUG